GUCAUAAACACGAUCCAUGCACUGAGCCAAGUUCCAAAUAAUCAUAUUAAUUGUACGUACAAUUUGAUUGCAAUUGUCGUGUUAUCCAAGUAUGUCUGUCUUAUCAACAUACACUGUGCAUUCCUCAUAAAAGAAGCUAUGGCUAAAACGGUGCUUGUGACCGAAGAGGUACUAACUCCAAGCACUGGAAAGUGGUAUUGGAAAGAAGAUUCAAAUUCACUGGAGUUCCAAUCAAGUGCUAAUCCAUCAAAUGAUCAGAAGGAUAAGAAAGGACACAGAAAGAAGAACAUCACGUUCAAUGACAACCCAGGAAAGAAAGACAGAGCCCAGUCAGUACGUUAUGAUGUGGACAGAGGACAAGGGUUAGCCUCCAAAGGAGCCAGGCAGGGGGGACUAACAUCAAAGUCGGCUCGAUCAAAAGCUACCAAAGAAACAACCGUCACUCUUCAAAGAGUCAAAUCUGUUGUCCUGUCCUUACUGAUUGAAGUCAAUGUCCAAACACAUUCAUUUGAGAUGUGUCUCUAUGAAUUGGAUCAGUUUGAUGAGUUUCUUCUCGGUCUUCUCAACUAUUUCUCAUCAUUUUUUGAGCAAAUUGUUUUGGAGAGUAAACCAAAGACGAUGACAACUGAACCGAGCCAGGCAGAGAAGAAAGCAAUGGCAGAGAUUACAUCUCGCAUGGAGGCAGCUCAGCAUAAAUUAGCCAAGAGUUACUGCGUUCUCAUCUUGGGCCUAGGAUUACCAGAUCAUCAUCACAUGGGAUGUGGAAGUGAGAGAGUGUCAUCAACUUACAAAGACAGAGAUAUUUAUGAGACACUGUACAGAUUUUGUGUCCAUUUGGUUUGGAUUGUGUUUCGCCGCAAAGAUUAUGAGCUCAUUAACAAAGAGAUGGGAAGAAUGUUAAGAUCAGACGUCUUCAACCCAGCUCUGCGCAUCAAGAAUGCCCCUGAGGAGGAUGCGGAUGCAAAGGAUCGAGAGGAGCAGAUGGACACUGACUUCCACAAGAAGAAACUCAUCUCACCAGCCGAGUACAGGAGGAAGAAAUUGAAACGUCCAGCAAUUACACAGAUAAUAACUCAACGUUCACCAGUCCUUGUGUCGUUACUUCCUACACCUAAGGAGAAGAAUGAUUAUCUGUUUGAGAGAAUGACUCUGGAUGCCCAAGGAAACCAGACUGGCCCACAACAGGAAUAUGAGUCGGGUCGAAAGGUCAGAUUGAACCACAGAGUUGGAAUCAUUGGAGAGCCUUUGGACCAAUUCAACACAUUGACGCUUGCGCCUCUAGGCUCAGAGCAGGAUGAAGAGAAUGAUGAGGACCAGGCAAAAUCAAGUUCACAGUAUGGAACUCCAAGUCCUGAACAUGUGGGUUUGAGCCGGCAUCAUACUGACAUGUCCCAAGCAACAACAGAAAUCUUCACGGAUGAUGAUGAUGACAUGUAGAAAGAGAAAGCAAGCUUUAUGUAGCAGUUUAGAAAAAGUCAAGACGUUUAAGAGUAAUUUGUCAGCUCAGGAUUAUGAUGGCGUUUGUGCAGUUAAUAUAAAAAGUGGUUUUGCAUAUUUUGGGAACUCCUCUUACUAAAUUGACCUGAUUGAUCAAGAGGUGUCUUAAAAGUAAUUGUUAAGCAAAAAGAAUCGUCUAUUUUCUAACUGUAACACUUAUGUGGUUUGGGUUUUUUAUUUUUUUAUUUUUUUAUUCUCUUUUUCAUUUAAUGAACUUUUGUUCAUUUGGAUAUGACAAUGCAAUUAACCACCAUGUAUGAUUUAGUACUAAGUCAACAAAAUAAGAAUAUUUUUUGUAAAGCACUUGCAUGUGUGAUGUACCCUCACAUAACUGAAUAUGAAUUAAAGUGUGCAUACAACAUUAAUACACGUGACAAUUGCCCAAGGUAUAACUUCUAGCCAAGUGUCUUUUUGUCUUUAUCUUAAACAAGCCCCAUUUCAGUGCCUUUCUGAUGUAAUUUACUGUUUCUUAUCAAGAUAAUUUAUCUGGCAUUGGUGUGAAAACAAACAUUGUAUGCCUGUAAAGUGGAAAAAUAAAUCAUAAUUCAAGUGUAUAUAUUCUCGAUUAAAUUGAAUUGUUAAAACA